AUGGAGCAUACGCGCUCGCGAAGUCGGCGUCUUGUGACUUAUGGCUCUUCCACCAGAAAUCAACCUCGCACAAUAACCGCCUCGGCAACUAAGGAGUCAUUAGACCCCCCGGGUAAGAUGCGCACAUCGCAUUCAACAACGAAUCCAAAGUCUGCAAGCGAGCACCGGAACAAACAAGCAAGUCCUUCGGAGACGGUGCAAUCGGCAGAGGUCUCGGGGGCGUUGCGCACAGCUGAAAAUGAUAGCAUCUAUGACCUUCCAUCAUCAGAUGAAGAGGACCUGGACCUAGCUGCGCGGCGGAAGCGCCGGCGGUAUGGUGUUGAUACGAACGGGAGCGCCUCAUAUUCCCGCAAUUCUCCCGCCGUGCAACCUCCGCUUGAUUUCGAAGCAAAAGGUGGAUCACAGGAUAAUUCGAUCAAAUUGAACCCCGCGAUUUCCCCUCGCAAGGUUGAUUCGCCUCGCGCAACACGACACGUGUCAGGCCGUGGAGGCGCCCGGUCACAGCAGAGUGACAAGAUAUCAACUAAAAUAUCGAGAAAGCCCGUCGGAACCCUGCCAAUAAGUGCGUUUCAAAAGACUGAACCGACUUCUCUUCCCCCUCUCGACACGAGUGGACAAUCGAGCCAUUCUAAGGCCGAACAAGCCCCAGGUGGAGGCAUACUAUCUAGCCCGAUAAUGGAGCAGCCGGAAUCCCCGAGCUUCCAAGCGCAUGCAAGCACUCGCGGUGGAAACAUGACACCCACACGAAGAAGGCUAAUUGACUCACUGGGUACACGAGGACAAUUGGCGGAUGCGUCACCUAGCAUUGCAGCUGUUAGCCAGCCACCCUCUCCUUUUACACCGCACAGCCCUAGCCGACCAAAGGCAUUACCUCCACAAAGCACGCGCGUGGACAGUCAGGCUACAGAUCGAAGCCAGGAAUCUACUGUCGCAGUUUCACCGCAUCUAACCGGCACUCGAGUCACAUAUGCCCGCCAACGUUCGUUUUUGGACGAUCUUUGCCUGACAGAUGACUUGCCUGGACAGAACAUGGCAGGUGCUCUUGAGCAAGAUGGCCUGUCAACGUCUCAAACCCGGAGAUUUGAUGACCUUCCCCGUGCUCGCCUCUUUGAAAUUGAGGAGGUGAACAAUGAUGACGGAUCUGUUAGAAGUAUUCAUGAGCUUCGUCGGGCUGGAGGGAAUGCCCGUUACCGGGGUGCAGUUGAGUCCAUCUUUGAGGACAUUGAAGACCCCCACGUGUCAGUGUCUGGUCGAUGCAAUUCCUUCGUCCAGCUCUGUGACAAGUUGCUCGACUCAAAACAAGCACGUCAAUUCGUCGAGUGCAACUUUGACAGAAGGCUGGUCGACUGCCUCUCUAAGAAUAUCGACACAGUCUCUGCUUCACUAGCUCUAUGUGUGUUUGGAUUAGCUUCAUCAGGUCGAUCUUUGCCCUAUGUUUUUGCAGCUGCAGCCUGGUCAAAGUUAAUUCACAUACCGCCCUCUCUUUUUGGAAACCAGGAUGACCUAUGCGCGGUUGUCCGCGCUCGAGACAGCAACUUGUCCAAGGCUGCCCAAAGAUCGGUGCAAAACAUCGCACCCCGAAUUCACGCAGCCUUGUUUUCCGAUGCAUCCGUACUGACACUCUCUCCGUGUAUCUUGGCACUGCACUGUUUGAAGGUGACAAUAUCGGCAUUCCAGGCCAAGGGGGAAAUACCUGACAGUCUGCCUUCGCCUGUGUUGAGUCAACUUGUGAAAAUUCUCUUGUCCGAAAGCUCACAUCUUGAAGAGAAGCCGACGAAUGAUGCGGAGAGGUUACAUGUAUUGAUAUUAGGGUUAUCAAUUCUCGAGGUUCACAUCACGUCCGGAGAUCCCGCUCAAGAAGAUCAGCGCGAUGCCCUGGGUAUUCUCUCUGGCAUGCACAGCUUGCUUCGACUGGAUAACGAAGCCAGUUCAAUACGCCAGCAGGUCCAGACACUCUACCUUCGCGUGGUCUUGAACACAACCAAUAGCAACCCAACGCUUUGUGACAAGUUUGCAACAGCAGCCAUGAUUGAAGAGCUAGCCACGAUUGCGAUAGCCAGAUUUGGUGACCUGACCGAGGAUACUCUUGCACAGGAGAACAACUCUCUCGAUACCGUGAUUCUAGCCCUGGGGGCUCUGAUUAAUCUGGUCGAACAGAGUGAGGCAUCGCGCACGAUGUUCCUCGAUUCUGGUAGUGCUGCAGAAUCCAUUCUUGAUCGGCUCUUACGCCUCUUCUUGGCUCAUGUUGAUUCGACAUCUAAGGCUCAUUCGGUUUUGGAGGUACAUCACAAUGUCGCCGUGGGUUACUUGGCUGUUCUUCUCCAGGCGCUUUGCCUACACACAGGCGCCCGCAUGCGAAUCAAGGAGUCCCUUCAUCCCAAUGGAUUAACAGUCAUCAUGUCGACUGUGAACGAGUUCUUGCAGUACCACCAAAAGAUUGAACAAGAGCUACACUCUGCCCAAGCAAAUAGGGAGGCCAGUGGGUUCUUGGUCCGGCUUCAAGACCUUAUCAAUGAGAUUCAGCGCAUUGAUAACGAAUGA